UUUUUUUAUUAAAAAUGAAUAUUGGUGAUGAGGGAAUGCUUCUCUCUAAUAUUGCAAUUUGUGUUGGUAUUACAAAAGAUGAAUGUUUUGAAUUAGCUCAUCUACUUGUGUUAGAUCGACCACAACGCACCUUUACUUGUCCGUGGAAGUUAGACGAACAUUUUGAAAUUGGCCGUUGGUAUCGCCAAGUGCGUGUUAAGGAUGAACAUUCAGCAAUAACUAAGACUUAUUGGAAAUUAAUGGAUGAAUUUAUUCCAACAAUUUUAAUUCGAGCUGAGGAAGGAUUUACUUUGAUUGAGGUAUCAUUGCCUAUAUAUUUUGCACCAGACUUAUCCUUAUUUUCAUCGUUACAACAUAAAAAUUCAAAAGUUGCAUUACCAAUUUGUCCUUUGUAUGGACAAGAAAGUCUUCCGAUUUUUAAUGUGCCAGCUGGCGGAUUUUCUGAUAAAAACGGGAAUUCACCUGUACCCGGAACCUUGUAUGGCUUUCGAGUUGAUAUCGCAUUUGCUCCUGGAUUUGACCCGAUAUGGUCAUAUAAUGGAAAUUAUGUUCGUAAUCUUGAUUAUUUUCAUGGGACUUCAGCAUAUGUAUUUGAGGUAAGUAAACUUAAAGCGGUAAAGAUUUAAAAAAAUUUAAGAUUUAAUUCAAUAAGGGAGCUAAUUGAGAAAAAAACAAAAAAUCUAAGAUUUUUUGUACUUAUUCCCCCCCCCCCAGUCCGCAAUUUAGUUGGAGUGCGGAAUGGUCAGUCAUUUUUUCCUUCCAAAAGUUUAAAAAAUUUGCCUGUGUUCACAUUCAUUCACUCUUACUUCAAUUCAGGCAUCUUUGUUUUUUAUUGCCUGUCACACAUAUUUACCCCGUACUUCAACUAAAUUGCGGACGGGGGGGGGGGGGGGGGUGAGCUUUCAAUCGAAUAUGAAAAGGAACUUAAGGUACUUUUAUUGUGUAAUUUCAUUUUUAAGUAUAUUUCAAGUCAUGACAGUGUUUAUAAAGUUCAGAUUUACUCGUACUCUGUACAGGCCUAUUUUUGGUCUCGUAUUUCGAACCUAAGUACGAGUACGAAUUGUGGUACG